CUUGUACAACUAUCGUUAUGUAAGAAUAAUGCCACAUACAAACUCUAUGUUUUUUCAAAAUUCAAAUACUUGUGUGUGGUGUGGUCAUUCAACAAAAGACAUAUUGCUGUUUGGACAUAAAGACUUUGGAGCAUUUUUUAAAUGUGCUCAGGGAAACAAGAAGAACAGGUUUUAAGUGCUAUGAGGUGAUACAAAUAGAAGGGUGAGGGAAUGACAAAGUAAAACGGUGUAAUUACUGAAGGCAGAAGGGUAUUGACGGUACAGUAUGGCAGACUGGACUGUGUGGAUACUCCUGAUGUGUACAGCCCUCAUUGGGCAAGAGUCAACGGCUCAAGAUUGUGGAAUAGCACCUCUUAACACAAGGAUAGUGGGUGGUGACAAUGCCACAGCUGGAUCAUGGCCAUGGCAGGUCAGUGUGCACUUCACUGUUUCAGGCAGAAGUUUUCACAUCUGUGGAGGGACCCUCAUCAGUGACCAGUGGGUACUCACGGCAGCCCACUGCAUACUAACAAACAUAACCAGCCAUUGGAGACUUUACUUUGGGAGAGAGACUCAGAGGGGCCCUAAUGUUAAUGAGGUGAACCGCACAGUGUCCCAGAUCAUCGUCCAUCCUAACUACAACAACUCCUUGCUCAACAAUGACAUUGCCCUAAUGAAACUCAGCACCCCUGUCAACUUUAGUGACUACAUCAGACCUGUCUGCCUGGCAAGUAACACCAGCGAGUUCCACAACUCCACUCCCUGCUGGUCCACUGGCUGGGGUUUUCUUGGAAUGAAUGAGUCCUUGCCAGAAUCCUUACCACUCCAGGAGAUUCAGAUUCCUGUCAUUGGAAGAAAACAGUGCGCCUGCAGCUACCUCAUAUCACCACUUGCAAACAUCACUGACCAAAUGAUUUGUGCGGGGCAAGAUAACAGACGCGUUUGUUUUGGUGACUCCGGUGGACCUUUGCAAUGCAAACAAGGCUCAAAGUGGAUCCAAGCUGGCAUUACCAGUUUUGGACUAGGUUGUGCCACAUCUGGUAUACCUGAGGUCUUUGCCCGAGUGUCUGAGUUCCAGAAUUGGAUCAUGGAUCAAGUGACCGGGGCAAAUGUUAGCUUUGUGACAUUUAGCUCCAGUGGCUCCGACCAAGAUGACAGCUUUACGUGUCGCAGCACAUCCACAGAGGCUCCGCAGACUACAACAUCAUCAGCUGUUGCAACUGAGUUUGCUUUUGUGGUCAUUACAGUCAUUUUCAUGCAGCACAUUUGAACUCUGUAGCACAGUGUUAUGCAACCUCUUCACCUCUUCUUCUUCUCUUGUGGUAUGUUUGUCUUGUCUUAUUAAGCUUUCAAGUUUCGGAUUAGACUUGAAGGUGUUUAGGGAAAUGGUGCUGGGCGAUCAAUAGUACUUAAGUUUAGUAUGUAUUUUAAUGAAUGAGAAUAUGAAGCACUGAGAAUCAUGAACUUUGGUUGUUCUUUUAAGAGAGAAUCAGUGUGAGAUAGGUAGAAAGUGUCUCAUAUUAAGAGCAUCCUUAUCCAGCCUAUAUGAAUCAGCUAGUUUGUGAUUUUUCAAUACUGUACACAAACACUGUAUCUUGUAUGUUUAGUUCCCACAAACUAACUUCACAGUAAAACAAUAAACAUAAAUAUGAUGUGUGUGAAAUUGUGAAAAAUGAGACUGAUUCAGCAUUUACAGAGACAUGGGUUAAGCUGCAGGAGUGCAUUGUCUAUGUACUGUGUG